UCAGAGGCAGUGAAAAUUAACAGAGUAUAAUUGUUCUUUCAGUAGCAGACAUGGAUCUUCUUCACAAUGUGGGAGUUGAUUCUGUCAGAUUUCUCCAGUCUGAAUUCAAGAACUAUGAUGAGCUGAUGAUGACAGCCUCCCAUCUUGGUGAUCCUAGAAAUGCCUUCCUCCUCUACUUCCCAAUAGCAUACUGUCUUCACAGACAAACUGGGAUCAAAGUACUAUGGUUGGCAAGUCUAUCAGAAUGGAUAAAUGCUUUACUUAAAUGGGUUCUUCAUGGAGAGAGGCCAUAUUGGUGGGUGUUAGACCCUAGAUCACAUCACAGGGAGGGUGCUCAACUAAAACAGUACAGACUAACCUGUGAAACUGGUCUAGGUAGUCCAUCGGGUCAUGCAAUGGUUACUUCUUCUGUUGUGUUCUGUUUAGUUCUUUCACUGAUCCAAAACACAAGGCCAAGAUUACUUGUUCAGUGUAUACUAUGGAUAGCAUUUACUUUGUUCAUGGUUGCUGUAAAUGUCUCAAGGCUAUUUAUAGCUACUCAUUUUCCACACCAGGUGAUUCUAGGAACUUUAAUGGGUAUUAUUUUAACAUUGGUAGUCAACAAGAUAGACUUACAACAUUUGAAAUUAUCCCAUUGUGUGACAGCAUCAGUUGCCAUGCCAACAAGCUGUAUCCUGACGUUUUACAUGCUGAAAUGGUGUGGCCUUGACCCACAAUGGUCGAUCUCCUUGGCAACAAAGUAUUGUGCAAACCCAGACUGGAUACAUCUUGAUACUACAUUAUUUAAUGCAGUUUAUAGAGAUGCAGGCAGUGUUCUAGGGUAUGGAAUUUUCCUGUAUUUCUCUUCACAGUUUCUAAACAACAGAGAAGAUAUAAACAAUGGUAAAGAGGCUGCUGUGAAUUCUUCCGGGAUAUCUGCUUUUAAAGUCAUAUGUCAGAAUAUGCCUGCAGUGAUUUGUACUUUAAUUAUAUGUCAGGUGGGAGAAAAUUUAAAACCCGGGCUACACUCAGCGGAGUUCUAUUAUUGUGUAACUUACCUGAAGUUCUGUGUUCUUGCAUUUCUAGUCAUGACCUUGGGUUCCAGUUUGAAAAAAUGUAAUAUACAAAAGGAAGAGUAACUAUAUUUGGUGUAUGAAAAUGUAAUUUGUAUAUAUAUAUACAAAACAUACAAUGAACAUGGUAUGAGUAUAAAUCAUGUAAAAUGAA